CCGGUGAAAAGGGUCGAGGCGACCCCGGCAAGUACGCGUUCCGUUCUACACCGGCACAAGAUCCUCACCGCCGAACGGUCUCGCUGCCUGCCAGGUCUCCCUCUAGGCUUCCAUCGAAGCGGAGCACGCCGCCGUCGAGGGAAUUCUCCUCUCGUCCCAGUCCUCUUCGUGGUUCUGCUCAUCUCAACUGUACUGGCGUCGAGUGGAGAUCCAUCCGGACUUGAUUUGACUUCCUCUCUUGUUGUUAAGGAAGCCCUCGCUUGCUUCAGUGGAGUGUUCUAAGAGCGUGUUCAGACAAUUCAGUUUUGUAGUAUGUUUACUUUGCUAUAAGAAGAAUGCCUCGAGGACGAGGCUCUUCUGUGUCAACCCAUGAGAAGCCUAAAAUUGAUGAAGCAGUUGAUUCAAAUGAGGACAACUGCAAGCAUAAGAGGGGCGCUUAUUUGUUGCUGGGAUUGUUGAUAGUUUUCCUUCAUGGGUCCUGGUCUGUUUAUCGUAUCCAGUUCGCAAACCUUCCUUUGCCCCUUGAUGCUGAGCAGGCUGGUAAGCGGGGGUUCUCGGAAGCUUCUGCGCUUGGGCAUGUUAAGUAUUUGACAGGCCUUGGUCCUCAUCCAGUUGGUUUGGACUCCCUCGAUCUUGCUGUCCAGUAUGUAUAUGCAGUAGCAGAAAAAAUAAAGAAGGCGGCUCAUUGGGAGGUUGAUGUUCAACUGGAGCUGUUCCACACAGAUAUCGGCGCAAAUCGCCUAUCUAGUGGUCUUUUCAAGGGAAAAACUCUAUUAUAUUCAGACCUAAAGCAUGUGCUAUUGAGAGUUGUUCCCAAGUAUUUACCCGAAGCUGAGGAAAAUUUGAUUCUGGUUUCUUCCCAUAUCGACACUGUUUCCACAACAGAAGGUGCCGGAGAUUGCAAUUCAUGUGUGGGAGUCAUGUUAGAGCUUGCACGGGGAGUGGCUCAGUGGGCACAUGGAUUUAAGAGUGGUGUUCUAUUUUUAUUCAACACGGGAGAAGAAGAGGGUCUUGUUGGCGCCCAUAGUUUUAUAACUCAGCACCAUUGGAGAAAUUCAAUACAUUUUGUGGUUGAUUUGGAAGCUAUGGGUAUCAGUGGGAAAUCCACUCUUUUUCAGGGUACCGACCAUUGGGCCUUGGAGAGCUUUGCUGCGGCAGCCAAAUACCCAUCUGCUCAGAUAGGUUUACAGGAUGUUUUCUGUUCUGGAGCAAUAAAAUCUGCUACAGAUUUUCAAAUAUAUCAGGAAGUUGCUGGUCUUCCUGGACUUGAUUUUGCAUAUACAGAAACAACAUCUGUGUAUCACACAAAGAAUGACAAGAUGAAGCUUCUGAAACCAGGGUCUCUUCAGCAUAAUGGGGAUAAUAUGCUUGCUUUCCUACUCCGCGCUGCAGCAUCACCAAAUUUUUUGAAAGAUGCACUGCAACGAAAGCACAAAAACACAGAGCAGGAUAAAGCUGUUUUUUUUGACAUUCUGGGCAAGUACAUGGUGAUCUAUCCACAACGACUUGCUACCAUGUUUCACAACUCAAUCAUAUUGCAGUCGCUUCUGAUAUGGGGAACAUCAUUGCUUAUGGGUGGACGCCCUGGGCUUGUGUCCUUUGGCAUAUCAUGUUUGGGCAUUAUUCUAAUGUUGAUAUUUUCUAUCUGCUUACCAGUUGUGGUAGCAUUUGCUCUGCCCCAUAUAUGUCCGUUUCCUGUUCCAUAUGUUGCAAAUCCAUGGUUAAUUAUUGGCUUAUUUGGUUCACCCGCACUGCUUGGAGCAUUUAUUGGUCAGCAUAUUGGAUUUAUUCUCCUUAAGAGGCAUCUUCGAAGCGUGUAUUCUAGAACAAAACCAGGCCUAGCUCAUAACAAGAUGGAAUAUAUUAUUGAUCUGGAAGCCGAGAGGUGGAUUUUUAAAUCUGGUUUUGUCCAAUGGCUAAUAGUUCUAAUACUGGGAACCUAUUUCAAGGUUGGAUCGUCAUAUAUAGCUCUCAUCUGGCUUGUUUCGCCUGCUUUUGCAUAUGGUUUUUUGGAAGCUACUCUAUCUCCUGUUCGGUUACCUAAACAGCUUAAAGUUGUUACAUUGGUUCUGGGUUUGGCUACACCAGUUGUGUCCUCUGUUGGUUUGGUUGUGCGCAUGGCUGAUGUAAUUGUUGGGAGUGUUGUGCGUGUUGACAGGAACCCUGGUGGACUGCCACACUGGCUUGGAAAUGUAAUAGUUUCUGUUGCCAUUGCUGUGGUCGUCUGUUUCAUGUUUGUGUAUCUUCUUUCAUACGUUCAUAUCUCAGGUGAUAAAAAGACUCUUGGUUUGCUGUUAUGCAUAUCCUUUGGUCUUUCACUUGCUCUUGUGUCAAGUGGCAUUGCACCAGCAUUUACGGAGGAUGUUGCUCGAUCUGUAAAUGUUGUACAUGUUGUGGAUACUACAGGAAUAGAUCAUGAACCAUUAUCCUAUAUUUCUCUGUUUUCCAAUACACCUGGAAAGUUGACAAAGGAAUUAGUGGACCUUGGAGAUGAAGAAUUUUCUUGUGGAAGGAAUAUGACUAUUGAUUUUGUAACAUUUACAAUGAAGUAUGGUUGUUGGAGUUACAAGGACAGCAAUACUGGAUGGAGCAAGUCUGAAGUUCCAGUGCUCCUUGUGGAAAGUGAUUCAGUUACAGGUGGUGCUCGGCAAACAGUAAUCUCAGUUGAUACCAAAUCAUCUACACGGUGGUCGCUCAGAAUCAAUAAACAGGAAAUCGAAGACUUCACAAUUCAAGUGGAUUCAAAGAAAUUGGUCCUACCGGGUGAUAAGACUGAGGUAGAUGGAUGGCAUACAAUCCAGUUUGCAGGUGGAAAGAAUUCGCCAAGAAAGUUCCAGUUGACCCUUUUCUGGUCAAGUUAUGGUACCCAUGCAUCUGCAAAAGGAGCUAAAGAAGCAGCAGAUCUUCCUUUCUUAUUAAAACUAAGAACAGAUGUGAAUAGAGUUACACCGAAGGUUGCAAAGGUUCUUGAAAAACUUCCACAAUGGUGCACACCCUUCGGCAAGUCCACUUCUCCCUACACACUAGCUUUCUUGACGGCCCUUCAUGUCAACAUUUAGGCGGUAAAAUUGGUUCCUCCGACUUAAGUAGUCACAUAGCGUCCAUUUAUCCUGCAUUUAGCUAUGCACAUUAGAUUACCAUCCAAAGAUAUAAUUUGUAGACAUCAAUACCAAAGCUACCAGAAGUUUUGAACUCAACAAAUAAGCGUCGGACAUAGAUAAGUACAGGAGAGCCAGGUUCAAACAUGCGUCUUGCAAAUUAUUAGUUUCAUUCAUGUUAAAAUCUUCGGAUGGAAUAAUAGUUGUAAUAAUGGAUGGCUUCUGCAUUUUCGAGUUGUUUGCAUUCCA